CAUUUCCUUCAGAAGACUUUGGCUUCUGAUAGUCAUGGACUCACUAGGCUGCUGAGGAAGAUCUACCGCAUCCAGUCAUGAGAAGUCAAGGAUGGAAAUGGUGAAUUGAGAAGUUUGCGGCCAGACCAGGGUGGAUUAGUCCAUUUCCGUAAUGCCGUAAGUAUACUACCCAAGACUGGAUAGUUUAUAAAGGAAGGAAGUUUAAUCAACUCGCAGUUCCACACAUCUGAGGAGGCCUCAGGAAACUUGCAAUUAUGGUACAAGGCAAAAAGGAAGAACCUUCUUCACAUGGUGGCAGCACCUCCAAGUCUCCAGAAGAUGUGUGACCAACGAAAACACAGUCAAUGCUGCCCCCCGAAAGGCAAUCAGUGCUGCCCACCACCAACCAACCAGGGCUGCCAGCCAAAAGGCAAUCAGUGCUGCCCGCCACCAACCAACCAGGGCUGCCAGCCAAAAGGCACUCAGUGCUGCCCGUCACCAACCAACCAGGGCUGCCAGCCAAAGGGCAAUCAAUGCUGCCCGCCACCAACCAACCAGGGCUGCCAGCCAAAAGGCACUCAGUGCUGCCCGCCAAAACACACUCACUGCUGCCAGCCAAAAGCCCCGUGCUGCAUCCGGGCCAAGUGCUGUGGUUUGGAGACCACACCUGAAUCCUCACCUGUUAAUAAGGAGUCUGAGCCCAACUCACCCCAAACUCAGGACAAGGGCUCUCAAACCCAGCAGCGGCCCCGUAGUCCACAAUACGAGUCCAGACUAAGGAAAUGAGAGCAGAAAUCACACAAAUAGAUUGUUCCUGGGGUCAUGCCUAUCUAUAGGGCCGGGGAUUACUAAGAGUCAGGCUAGACCUAUGCUAAGAGAAGCAGUUUUCACAGUAACUACCAUUUCCAUCCAAUGAGAGGCUCCUACUUCCCUUCAUAGCUCCCUCCCUAGGGAGGCCUCCAUCUGGAAAUGGGAGGUUGAAGAGGCUGGAAUCAUUUUUCCUAGUGAUCCUGACAUUUAGACAGCACAGAAAUAAAAGAGCAAUAAAAAGAA